AUGCCAAGGGAGCGCAUUGUUCUCGAUGGGCUCUGGCGAUGUCUAUGUCCUUCUGCUGAUAUAGCCACGCUCUCAAGACUAAUUCGUCCUCGUGGCAAUGCACACAUCCCCAAUAGACCGGGUCGGCGAGAGUACCACCGCAUACCUGUUGUCCCUCGUACUGACCAGUCGCGCGAUGAUUACUCCCCAAGUGAGAAAGUACGGAUUGAGUACCUGAAACGAGUAGCAAAACGAAGCCCAUGGGUUCCCGGAAUGCUCUUCGGGGACACCGAAGCUGUAACCGCAAAGCUCGAGUCGAUUCCAACGAAAACCAUCUACGCUGCUAUCAAAGAGCUCACGAGAGUCGAAAACACGUAUAAAUCAAUUGUAAAAUUAGUCGAAUAUCUAGUAAGAGAAAGAAAAGAGAAGCCAAAUGUUAUCCUCUACGAGAGCCUUAUAAGGGCGAAUAUCGACAAAAAUCAUGGAUCCGCAGAGAUCGCCAGUCGAUUACUCCAGGAAAUGGAGAGACUAGGCAUUUCAACGACACCACAAAUCUAUCAAGCUCUCCUAGAAGUUACGGCGGUUCAUCCUGAUUAUGCUCUUCGAAACACAGUACUCUUCGAGAUGAAAAAUCGGUGGUAUUCACCAACGGCAAAUGACUUGGUCAAUAUUACUAUUGGGCUGUUAAGAGAUAACCAAUACGAGCUUGCGCUUGAGAAAUUGGAGGAAUUGCACAAGGAUCCCCUGGACAUCCCCCUCUGGCUCUACGACGUAUUCCUUUAUACAUUUGGGGACUUAGGCUUCCACGGAGAGACGCUCUCAAUUCUCAAGCAUCGAAUGAAGGUCGCAAACAUAGUCAGAGAACCAUUAUCCCUGAACUCAUGGCAGUUCCUUCUUGACGUGUUUAGUAGAGACGCUUUUUACGAAGGGAUCAAAUAUAUAUGGGAUCGCUCAGUCUCCCCUAGAUAUAUAAAUCCACCAGACGGCGUCAUUCUGAAUAUUAUAAAUGCAGCGUCAAAUCAUGGAGAUGCAAGCUUAGCAAUAAGCGCAAUUCAGAUGCUUUCAAACCGCGGCAAGAAACUUGAGCUGCACCACUAUGAGGCUCUCGUAGACAUCCACGCCCAGCAGAAGGAGUUUCUUAAAGCGUUUACGACUCUAUGUAUCAUGUCCAAGGCAGAUCUACGUCCUUGUCUCUCCAGUACACGAUCCAUUUAUCGAGUGCUACGCGAUUCGUCCUCGGAAACAAGUAAUGCUUUGACGAUAUUAAACGACCUCCGAUUACAUCAUCAUGUCCCGGCAGCUGCAUUCAACGUUGUCUUGGAGGCUACGGAAAUUCAUCACGGUUUCAAAGCAGCCUUGGAUCUCUAUAGAAGCGUCCGGCAGAUUUGUACUGACGGACCGGAUCUUGAAACCUAUCAUAUCCUCCUCAGCCACUGCACAAUGAAGAAGUCAAUGAACUUUUUAUUCGCAGAGAUGGAGGCUUUCUCCGUUGAACCUACCCAUACCACAUACGACCAUCUCGUCCGAAUCUCUAGCAUGCAGGACAACUAUGAGCAGGCAUUCACAUUCCUUGAGAAGAUGAAGUCUUGCAAGACAGGAGGAGUGUCAAAUAACUGGUGGAUAAGUAGGGAUUCGGCCCUGGCGCUCAUCAGGAGGUGCAUCCAAGCCGAGGACAUCAGAGCACAUGAACUUAUUGAGGAAUGUCGUAAGAGGCGCAUGUCCAUUGAUGUGGAAGUGCAGCAAUUACUCGAAGCGGUCCAGAGGCAGAAGGAGUUGAUUAAAUUAGAUACAAGUGACCCUAUAGAACGACUAUCAUCUAUAGUGCCAGAAACUGCGAUACCUCCGGAAGAGGCUCAGAGCUCAAAGCCUAUGGCACUUUCGAGUUGGACGUAG